AUGGCAACAAAACUAAAAGAAAGUACUACUCCUGGGAGGGAGAGGAAAACUGGCGGCACAUCACCAGCUAGCCUCACCAAAAGAUCCACAAAACCAACUACUCCUGAUAAACCUUCUUCAACCUCAAACUCAUCAUCAACAGCAAAACCACUCCCAAACUAUUUGAGAUCAACCGCAAGCUCAUCACGCCAGGUUCCUUCUCUGACCAAGUCCAGGUCAUUAAAGAAAACCCAUGACGCUGAUAAUCAAGAAUCAAAGUCCCCAAAGCCUACACUAAAUAGAAGAAGAUCCUUUGACAAGCCGCCGUCACCUUCAGGACUACAUAAGCCACCCAACUCCCCAGGAAGAGAGUUUAGGGAGACACCACAACGGUCGAAAUCUCUUUCGGUUAAAAGUGUGUCGAAUGUUCCAAAGCCCACCAGUAAACCUGUAUCUGCAUCCAAACCACAGGCUUUGCCUGCAAAGACUAGUGGCACUAGUUUGAGGAGAAGCACAAGUGGCAUUGCUUCUGGUUCAAGUAAGAAGGAUAGUAGAAGUAGUAGAAGUACUACUAAUAGUUCAAGAGCUCCAAGGAGUCAGGACAUAACAGAAAUUCUCAAUCUUGAAGCUAAUUUAGAUGCUUUGAAUUGCCAUGAGGUUGGAGAGGCGGAUAAGAUUGAAAGUAUUGAGGAAGACAACUCUCAAGACCUUCCGGAUCCUAAAUUAGCUGAAGAAGAACAGGUUGAUCAGCAGCAAGAUCAUGCUUCAGAUUCUGGUCGUGACACUUCGUCUGUUAAAGAUGCUGCAGAGGAAUCAAAAGCAGAUGUGGAUACCAAAAAUGAAGAAGUUAUCCAAGCAGAGAAAAAUCUUGAUGGUCACCAUGAUCAAGUUGAGGAGGUUAAAUACACUAGCAAAGAUCAUGAAAGUAAUGACAAUAUUGAUCAGGGUUCGAAUUUGACAAGUGAGGAUACAAAGGUGGAGGAGGCGAUCAAAGAAAACAAAGAAGACGAAAGCAAGAAUGAGGAUAAUUUGGAAGCUGUUGACGGAGAAAGCCAUGAGGUUGAUCAAAAGGAAGGGCAAGAUGGAGAUAUAAAAGAAGAAGCAAAGGCAACGAAAAGCCCGCAAGAGGCUGCUGCUGCUGCUACUCCAGGGAAUAACAAGAAGGAGGCGUCCCCUGCAUACAAUGAUGUGAUUGAGGAGACUGCAACUAAGCUAAUGAGCCAAGAUCAGAAGAGAAGGAACAAGGUCAAAGCUUUGGUUGGGGCUUUUGAGACUGUCAUAGAUUAUGAAUCAGGAUCCAAACCAUAA